AGCAUCUCAAACCAUACUUUUAAACCAAGCACUUUAAUUCCACUAUGAUUCCAACCAUUACACUCGAAGAGCAUUUCGUCUCUGAAGCCGAGGCUGCUUCUGCUGGGCAGCCUCCGGCUAUUGAGCUGUAUGAUGCCACCGCGCUUUGGCGAAAACUCCGAGACCUUGGCGACGAACGCAUCAAGGACAUGGACGAGGGAGAUGUUAGUUUUCAGGUUAUUUCGCACAACGCAGCUUACAAUUCCUCGGACGCUGAAGUAUGCCGCAAAUCUAAUGAUGAAUUAUACGGAGCCAUAACUAGGAACCCAACCCGUUUCGCAGGUUUUGCCACGCUUCCAAUGGGCGAUGCCGCCGCCGCCACUGAGGAGUUAGAGCGUUGCGUCAAAGAGUUGGGAUUUCUUGGCGCCUUGGUAUGCAAUCAUGCCAGAGGGGAGUUCUAUGAUGGCAAGAGAUAUCACCAAUUCUUUGCAAAACUGCAGGAGCUUGAUGUGCCUUUAUACCUACAUCCUACGAACGCCUGGAAGGAUACCUCGGCUCAUUAUGAAGGAAAUUACAGGCAGGAAGUUUCAAUCGCUCUUGGGGGAUAUUUGUGGGGCUGGCACUCAGAAACAGGUCUACACUUUUUGCGCCUAUUUCACGGCGGACUAUUCGAUAAAUUCCCGAAGCUCAAGAUUGUUCUUGGACACAACGGAGAGAUGCUGCCAUUCAUGAUCGACCGUAUCAAUAACUUCUACUCGAGACACCCUGACCAGACGCGCAGCUUGAUGACAGUUUGGAAUGAAAAUAUAUGGAUUACUACCAGCGGCAUGUUCACCGUCACACCAUUUGCUACGCUCAUUCGCUCAACCUCGGUGGAUAGAAUUCUGUACAGUAUUGACUACCCGUUUGAGGACAAUAAGGAUGGGCAGGAAUUCCUCAAGAAACUCAAGAGGAGUGGCUUUGUUACCGAUGAAGAAAUGGAGAAGAUUUGCUAUAAGAAUGCUGAGAAACUUUUGAAUUUUAAGCUCAAGGCGCUAGAAUAGCAUCUCACCGGGAUUGGUUUAUGCAGUAUUUAACUCUGGCAGCAUUCUUGGGUGAAUGCAAGGACCUUCUUUUUUUCUUUCAUUCUUUUACAGUUAUGUGUGAGGUUGUCUAUUCUUGAGAGUUUGUUAUGGUGAAUAGCUUCGAUGGUA